UUCUCCAGGGGCAUCCGGACAGACUCGUUCUCUCUCUUUCUUCACAUCUCUUUUGCCAUCUUCUUUUCAAACUCUGCGCAGCCUGCUCCCUAACUUCUCUCAAAGUGUUUCUGUUCUUGUUUCCCCGUCUCCCGUAGAUCUGGUCUCCGACAUUUUCAUAAAACGGCUCUGUAAACUUAUGUUGUGUUUUGCAAUUUCUAUCUGCCCUUUAUUAACCCCUCCUCUUUCCCUUCUCCUCUCCUCGAUCUCCUUCACCUCCACUCAUCUAUCUUUUCUCCUUCUCUACCUCUCUUCUUUCUCUCCUCUCUUUUCUCUUUCAUUCUCUUCUCUUUCUCCUUCUCCCGGAUUUCCUGAUUGUUUUGUACCCUGUUCCUUUCUUUCCGUUUUCCCUGUCUCUCUGGAGUCGCUAUGGCCGCGAUCAAAGCCUUGCAGCAGUGGUGCAAGAAGCAAUGUCAGGGAUAUGGAAAUGUGGAGAUUACUAACAUGACGACCUCGUGGCGGGAUGGGCUCGCUUUCUGUGCGAUCUUGCACCACUUCAGACCGGACCUCAUAGAUUUUGAUUCUCUUAAGAAAGAAGAUGUCUAUGAGAAUAAUAAGUUGGCAUUCCAAGUGGCAGAGGAGGAGCUGGGAAUCCCAGCGUUGCUGGAUGCGGAGGACAUGGUGAUGUUAAAAGUCCCAGACAGACUGAGCAUCCUGACCUACGUCUCGCAGUAUUACAACUAUUUCACAGGCCGAUCACCAAUUGGCGGUAUGGCUCACAUCAAGAGAUCGGCCUCUGAUUCAAACGAGGAGCCAGUGCAGAAGAAGUCGACUCCUGAGACCAAACCGAAAGUGCCCAAGAAUACGCUGACCCCCAGUGCUGCACCAACCUCCAGGGUUGCACCAAAGAACAAAGUUCCUGUUGCUGAUGCUGGUGACGGAUCCAAUAAGUCGGGGACUUUGUCCAGUAAUUGCACUAUCUGCAAAAAAACAGUUCUGUUGGUUCAGCGGUACUUAGUAGAUGGGAAACUUUAUCACAGAAACUGUUUCAGGUGCAAACAGUGCUCCACUACACUCAUGGCUGGUGCUUACAAGACUGGACCUGAACCUGGGACUUUCAUCUGCAUCAACCAUCAAGCCAAGGCUGGUGAGAAUAACAAUAACAGCAGCAUCAUCCCCACGUCACAGGGCCUCAGCCCCAAACCCAAUGAGCCAGCCCCCACUGUCCACAAGCCAGUGCUGAGCCAUGUGACAGGCCCUGCUGCCGUGAUGAACACCCCCAAACAGGCCAACGCCUCCCUGGCAGAUUUCAAACAUGGGAACAGCCAUGCAGAGACAAUGCAGGCUGCAAGGCAAAGAUUGAGGAGCUCAGGAACUCCUGAAAAAGGGCCUAUAUCUGAUUUAGGAUCGCCAGCGAGCUCAUUCCAUUCUCAGAAUCCUGUGGGAGGGCAGCACAGUUGGAUGGAGACCAUGAUACAGAAGCCUUGGUCUCCUGGAAAUCAAGAGCGUACCAACAUGUUGAAGAGCCCAUCCUCAACCACCAGGCCCAGCUCUGACUUGGACAAAGAUAAGGCACGCUUGGUCCUCCAGAAGAAUUUGCCUUUUGACAACAAUAACAAUCGGAGCCAAGGUGUUACCUCACCUUCCCGGUUCAACACCGAUAAGCCUUCAGUGCCACAGCCAACCAGACACCAGACUGCCAAGGCCUUAACAUUCGACAUAGGCAACGAGAGAAAUAUUCAAUCAGGAACCAGGCAAUCUGUGACUCCAGAGCAAAGGAGUGAGCCCAGCAAUACACAAGCCUCCAAAUGGAGGCCAAUAUCUUCUUUGGAGCUAUCAUCACGUCCUGUGGUCACGAAAGGGGUUGCCAACGCUGAGGUAGUGCUCACGCCAUCAACAGAUAAAGCCCCACGUGUUGCAUUGAACCGGGCUUCCAGCAUGAAUGAAGCAACAGGUCGUGGAUUGACUUUGACCCAGCAGAUAAACAGUAAAGGGAAUUUUUCCUACAGUCCGCAGAUCAUCACUAGACAAGAGGUAGAUGAAUCUCCUUCUGACUGGAGGUCCAAAUUGAAGCCAGUCCAAAAACAUCACAGUUUUGGACCCUCAGAUGUCAAGCAUAUACACAGUUCAUCCAUUAAUCUGGACAUUAAAAAACCAGAUGCCUUUGGCAACACAGCAAACACUCCCUCUACACCCAAGACAGCAGGAGGCAGCAACUGGACUCCAAGUACAACCCAAUGGAACACCAGCACAAGCAGUGGGAAACAUAUAGAGGUUACUUUCUCUCUCCAUAAUCCAGGUAGUGCAACAAUUUCCACAUCUUCUGCCUCUCCUGCCAGAGGGGUAUUCAGUGGAGAUGCCAAAACCUUCCAUCCCACACAGGAGAAGAGAGUGCUCAAACCAGGUGUGGAACUGUUGGCGGGAGCCAAGAAUGGCUUGCAGUCUCCAAGUCCAAUGGAUAAGAAUUCUCCCAGAGUGUCUCCUUUUGAGAAGAACAAGGGAAGUCCUCAAGCUCCUGGGAGCAGCCCUUAUCCUGCUUUAGACAGGGUCACGGAGGAGUUGCCAGGGAGGCAGAGCUGGGUCCAAGGCAAAUUAAGCACCGUGACAGCGAAGACGGCAAGAGCAAAGUUCUUUGAAGAUGAUUAUGUUUCAGCAGACCCCAAGGAAAGCCAAGAUCAUGGUGACUCUCCAACUCCCCGUGAGAAGACUACCUCCAGUCAGCGAAUAUCAGAGGAGGACAUUCAGAAGGAAUUGCGGGAUAUCGGGAAGGAGCUGGAUAUACUGGAACAGAAAGGGGUGGAUCUGGAACCUCAGCUUCGGAGUUGUGAGGGAGAUGAAAGGGAAGAUGACUUGAUGGUGGAGUGGUUCAAACUGAUCCAUGAAAAACAGUUGCUGAUGAGACGGGAAUCGGAGCUCGUUUACAUAUCGCAGCAACAGAUUUUGGAAGACCGACAGUGUCAGAUCGACCAGGAGUUACGAACGUUAAUGGAAAAAUCAGAGGAAGAAAAAACUGAUGGAGAUCGAGCUCGUGAACAGGAGCUGAUGGAAGAGCUGCUAAAAACAGUUGAGGACAGGAAUAACAUCAUUGACAGACUGGAUGAGGACAGAGUGAGGGAAAAGGAAGAAGAUCAGAUGAUGGAAGCCAUGAUUAACAGGAAAGACAUCAACAAGGAGACAGAACAGGACUUGAAAAAGAAAAACAAAUUUAGUCCACUCAAGUUCCUGAAGGGACUUGGUGCCAAACCAAAGGGAAAGGAAUAGUGCGUUGGCUUCUUCAGAAACUACCAUGUACCCGUGACUCAUUUCUCAGUGCCAAGCUGCUAGUGACUGAAGCUGCUACUUUCGCAAGCCAGUUAUAAUCAAAAGUAACUCUCUCAAAUGCUUGUAUGGCGUUAACCUUGUUCUUUAAAUAAAGGAAGCUCUUUGUGCUGGCCUUGUGCAACAGGAUAUUUUCCUGUUGCUAUGGAACUCUGUGGCAUGAAAGAACCAAAGGAAACAAAA